ACCUUGUGCUCGGAGCUGGGUCCAGGCGCGGGCGAGGGGCAGGCUCUGGGUUCUGCUGCUCGUUGCCAUGGCGCCCGGUAGAGCGCCCGGAGCUGGUUGUGGUCCGGGUGUGAGCGCUCCUCCAGGCCCGGUUCUCCAACUCCUGCUGGGCCUGACUUGUUGAGAAGUCUGCGGGGCCAGCCUGUAGGUUUCCAGGCGGAGGAGGCCCUGAGACAUCCCAGGCUCAGCCACGGCUUGCCACCUGGCUCCAUCCAUAGGUCCAGCGAGGUGUUGUCUCUGAUGUUUCUCCAUUUCGGUCUUGAAUUCAGAUUCCCAGCCUCUUGAGUAUCUUCACACUCAGCCAGGAGUUGGGGCCCAGCUCCCAGUGGAGGCCAUCGGGGGCCCAUCAGUAUGGCGGAAACACUGGAGUUCAACGACAUCUAUCAGGAGGUGAAAGGCUCCAUGAACGAUGGUCGGCUGAGGUUGAGCCGCCAGGGUAUCAUCUUCAAGAACAGUAAGACGGGCAAAGUGGACAACAUCCAGGCUGGGGAGUUGACGGAAGGCAUCUGGCGCCGAGUCGCGUUGGGCCAUGGACUUAAACUGCUUACCAAGAACGGCCAUGUCUACAAGUAUGACGGCUUCCGAGAAUCGGAGUUUGAGAAACUCUCGGAUUUCUUCAAAACUCACUAUCGCCUUGAGCUAAUGGAGAAGGACCUCUGUGUGAAGGGCUGGAACUGGGGAACAGUGAAGUUUGGUGGGCAGUUGCUUUCCUUUGACAUCGGUGACCAGCCGGUCUUCGAGAUCCCCCUCAGCAACGUGUCCCAGUGUACCACAGGCAAGAAUGAGGUGACCCUGGAAUUCCACCAGAACGAUGACGCGGAGGUCUCUCUCAUGGAGGUGCGCUUCUACGUGCCGCCCACCCAGGAGGAUGGCGUGGACCCUGUUGAGGCCUUUGCCCAGAACGUGCUGUCUAAGGCGGAUGUGAUCCAGGCCACCGGAGACGCCAUCUGCAUCUUCCGGGAGCUGCAGUGUCUGACGCCCCGAGGCCGUUACGACAUUCGGAUCUACCCCACCUUUCUGCACCUGCAUGGCAAGACCUUCGACUACAAGAUCCCCUACACCACGGUGCUGCGCCUCUUCCUGCUGCCCCACAAGGACCAGCGCCAGAUGUUCUUUGUGAUCAGCCUAGAUCCCCCCAUCAAGCAGGGCCAAACCCGUUACCACUUCCUGAUCCUCCUCUUCUCCAAGGAUGAGGACAUCUCCUUGACUCUCAACAUGAAUGAGGAAGAGGUGGAGAAACGCUUUGAGGGGCGGCUCACUAAGAACAUGUCGGGAUCCUUGUACGAGAUGGUCAGCCGGGUCAUGAAAGCACUGGUCAACCGCAAGAUCACAGUCCCCGGCAACUUCCAGGGGCACUCAGGGGCCCAGUGCAUCACCUGCUCCUACAAGGCGAGCUCGGGGUUGCUGUACCCCCUGGAGCGGGGCUUCAUAUAUGUCCACAAGCCCCCCGUGCACAUCCGCUUCGACGAGAUCUCCUUCGUCAACUUUGCCCGAGGCACCACCACCACUCGCUCCUUUGACUUUGAAAUUGAGACCAAGCAGGGCACCCAGUACACCUUCAGCAGCAUCGAGAGGGAGGAGUAUGGGAAGCUGUUUGAUUUUGUCAACGCAAAAAAACUCAACAUCAAGAACCGAGGAUUAAAAGAGGGCAUGAACCCAAGCUACGACGAGUAUGCCGACUCCGAUGAGGACCAGCACGAUGCCUACUUGGAACGGAUGAAGGAGGAGGGCAAGAUCCGGGAAGAGAAUGCCAACGACAGCAGUGAUGACUCCGGAGAGGAAACGGAUGAGUCAUUCAACCCAGGUGAAGAGGAGGAAGACGUGGCAGAGGAGUUUGACAGCAACGCCUCUGCCAGCUCCUCCAGUAAUGAGGGUGACAGUGACCGGGACGAGAAGAAACGGAAGCAGCUUAAAAAGGCCAAGAUGGCCAAGGACCGCAAGAGCCGCAAGAAGCCUGUGGAGGUGAAGAAGGGCAAAGACCCCAAUGCCCCCAAGAGGCCAAUGUCUGCUUACAUGCUGUGGCUCAAUGCCAGUCGAGAGAAAAUCAAGUCAGACCAUCCUGGCAUCAGUAUCACGGAUCUUUCCAAGAAGGCAGGCGAGAUCUGGAAGGGAAUGUCCAAAGAGAAGAAAGAGGAGUGGGAUCGCAAGGCUGAGGAUGCCAGGAGGGAGUAUGAAAAAGCCAUGAAAGAAUACGAAGGGGGCCGGGGUGAGUCUUCUAAGAGGGACAAGUCGAAGAAGAAGAAGAAAGUAAAGGUGAAGAUGGAAAAGAAAUCAACGCCUUCCCGGGGCUCGUCAUCCAAGUCGUCGUCAAGGCAGCUGAGUGAGAGCUUCAAGAGCAAAGAGUUUGUGUCCAGUGACGAGAGCUCUUCUGGAGAGAACAAGAGCAAAAAGAAGAGAAGGCGGAGCGAGGACUCUGAAGAGGAGGAGCUGGCCAGUACGCCCCCCAGCUCAGAAGACUCGGCAUCAGGAUCCGAUGAGUAGAGCAGGGGGAAGGAAGUUCUCUCUUCUGGGGGUUGUCUCUUCACACCCGCAGUCCCCCCCCCCCCCCCGCCAUGUUUUGGUACCAGUUUCUCAUAUGAAAUGUCAUCCUUGGAUUCUGUGCCACCUGGACCAGCUCUCCUGGUGGAACAUGCACUUCAUCUGGGGCAAUGGGAGGCAUUUUCCCUCUACCGCUUCCCGAGGAUGGCUCUUCAUAAUUUGGGGAGAGUUUGGGUGGGGGGCAGGGCAGUGCAGGGUGAAACACUUGGCGUGCUCUCCCAACCUUAGGGAUGUAGCUGCUGCUUCUCCUGCUCAGGCUGCUGCAGCAGGGGUCAUGUGCAGCCAGGCCCGUAGCUCCUACCUGGGGUCUGUUUCUACUUUUAUUUUGUAUUUCUGGUCUGUGAAAAAUCAACAUUUAAUAAAGGGAACUGACUUUGGAA